CCCGGCGCCUCCCCGGCCCACGGAGCCAGGCCGGUGGAGGGCGGGAUAUUUUUAUGGGAUUUCUUCCCUUCCUCCUCGACCCGAACCAAGGCGCGGGCGCAACCGGCGCUGGGUCGGAGCGGGCGUUGGGGUUAAUGCUUGACUAACGCGGGGCGUUAUUCACACCCAGAUUGUUAACUUCCACGCUCCAGUCGGGCCUGCUUCUCCUGCCUGCGGACACACAGCAGGAAGCAGGCGGACCUAACGCGACGCACCUCUUUUCCUUAGAGGGAAAAAAGUUCAAGUGUUUGCUCUACUUUGCGACCGUGCGAGAUGCAGAUACCGGGCUGCUGAGACACAGCUAAGGAAACGCUGCCUCCGAAAUUUUAACUGUUGGCAGCGCAUUUUCUCUGAGUUUCCAUUUAAUGACUCAGCAUUUCUGCAGAAAUCAGAACAUCUGCAGAGUAGGUUAAUUGACUAAAAGGUAACAGGGUUGAAAACAGUGAGAUCACAUUUCACAGUUAAAAAAAACUUAAGAAGACAAUAUGGGGACUCCUGGUUCUGGAAGGAAAAGGACACCUGUAAAAGACCGAUUUUCUGCAGAAGAUGAAGCUUUGAGUAACAUUGCCAGAGAGGCAGAGGCAAGGCUGGCAGCAAAACGGGCUGCCCGGGCGGAAGCAAGAGAUAUACGCAUGAGAGAACUGGAGCGACAACAAAAAGAGCACUCUCACUAUUCCUUUGAUCGGAAAUGGGGACAGAUUCAUAAGUGGCUGGAAGAUUCAGAAAGGGCCAGGUAUUCCCACCGAUCUAGUCAUCGUCGACCUUAUCUGGGAGUUGAGGAUGCAUUGUCCAUUCGAAGUCUUGGCAGUCACAGGAACCCAUCGAAGGACAUAAUUGGGACACACUGGAGCAGAGCCAGUACACCUAAAAGGAAAGACAUCAUGUAUGACCCUCUCAAGGAUCGAUCGUCAAGACUUUCAUCAUUAGAUCAUUCUUAUAGUCACUCUUAUGGAAUGAAGAAGAGAUCUUCUGGUUCUCAUAAAGACCCACUGAGUGGCCUCUACUUUGACCAGAGAAACUAUAGCAGUCUUAGACAUAGCAAACCUACCUCUGCCUACUACAGUCGGCAGUCUUCUUCCCUGUGUAGUGACCCUCUGGCGACAUCAAAGAGUACCAGGGCCUCCUUUACUGCAAACUCUUGUCUGCUGAAAAGUACCAGUCUGGUGUCAUUGUGUGACGGUGGAUUAUAUAACCCGUAUGGGUCUCGAACUCCGUCUGAAUACAGUUAUUACUCAUCAAGAAUAAGUUCAGCCCGAAGCAGUCCUGUGUUUGCUGAUGAUGACACUGCAAGCAUUGCGUCUUCUGGUCAUGCCAGUCAUGGGCGAAGGGACAGUGUGGUUUCUACCGCCGAUUAUUUUAGUCGCUCCAAUCGUAGGGGGAGCGUAGUCUCUGAGGUGGAUGACAUCAGUAUCCCCGAUUUGACCAGCUUGGAUGAAAAAUCUGACAAACAGUAUGCUGAAAAUUACACAAGGCCUUCAUCUCGGAAUUCUGCCUCAGCAACAACCCCUCUGAGUGGAAAUUCAUCCAGACGAGGGAGCGGAGACACCAGCAGCUUAGUAGAUCCAGACACCUCAUUAAGUGAAUUGCGGGAUAUCUAUGACCUUAAGGACCAGAUACAGGAUGUAGAAGGGAGAUACAUGCAAGGGCUUAAAGAACUAAAGGAGUCUUUGUCCGAAGUGGAAGAAAAAUACAAGAAAGCCAUGGUUUCCAACGCACAGUUAGACAAUGAGAAGAAUAAUUUGAUCUACCAGGUAGACACCCUCAAGGAUGUUAUUGAAGAACAGGAAGAACAGAUGGCAGAAUUUUAUAGAGAAAAUGAAGAAAAAUCAAAGGAGUUAGAAAGGCAGAAACAUAUGUGUAGUGUGCUGCAGCAUAAGAUGGAUGAACUUAAAGAAGGCCUUCGACAGAGAGAUGAGCUUAUUGAGGAGAAUCAACGAAUGCAGCAGAAAAUAGACACCAUGACAAAAGAGGUGUUUGACCUUCAGGAGACACUUCUUUGGAAAGAUAAAAACAUUAGGGCCCUAGAGAAACAGAAAGAAUACAUUGCCUGCCUUAGGAAUGAGCGAGAUACGCUCAGAGAGGAGCUGGCUGACCUGAAGGAGACAGUGAAGACAGGAGAGAAACAUGGCUUAGUUAUAAUCCCUGAUGGCACUCCCAAUGGUGAUGUCAAUCAUGAACCAGUGGUCGGAGCCAUCACUGUGGUGUCUCAGGAGGCUGCUCAGGUCUUGGAGUCCGCAGGAGAAGGUCCACUAGAUGUCAGGCUACGAAAACUUGCUGGAGAAAAGGAAGAGCUACUAUCACAGAUCCGGAGGCUGAAGCUGCAGCUCGAGGAAGAGCGGCAGAAGUGCUCCCGGAGCGAGAACGCAGCUGCGGACCUGGCGGGGCUGCACAACGGCUCGGACCUGCAGUUCAUCGAGAUGCAGAGAGAUGCCAAUAGACAAAUUAGUGAAUACAAAUUUAAGCUUUCAAAAGCAGAACAGGAUAUAACCACAUUGGAACAGAAUAUCAGCCGGCUCGAGGGCCAGGUGCUGAGGUAUAAGACGGCUGCCGAGAAUGCCGAGAAAGUGGAGGACGAACUGAAGGCUGAAAAGAGGAAGCUCCAGCGGGAGUUACGAACAGCACUGGACAAGAUUGAGGAGAUGGAGAUGACCAACAGCCACCUGGCCAAGCGGCUGGAGAAGAUGAAGGCCAACAGGACUGCACUUCUGGCACAGCAGUAGGAGGCUGCCCUUCAGCUCGGGUGCUGCCCCUCAGGUCCCAUCCGGACAGACUGACUCUUUGUCCAAUGACACCGACCCCCUUCAGUACUGUUUGAGAUUUGUCAUUAAAAUAGCCACCUUUGUAUUUUAUAAUUUAUGAGAGAAUGAAACAGGUUUGAAUCUUCAUGAAUGAACACUCUGGAUUUCGUUUGUAGUUUGAUUCUAGACUGAGAACUGGUCCGUGCUGUUUUUAUUUUUUAUGCCAUAAUUUUAGAAUCAAGUUUACUCACCAUUUUUCCCCAGCUGCCUCAGUGACUGGGCACUCGGAGGCCUUGGUACAGGUUCUGGAGGACAGCAACUCUGUGAGUGCCCAAUGCGAUAACGUGACUGGAGACCUCGGAAAACAUAAGUGCCUUCUCCACGGUGCAAUUCAGACUUCAGUCAUCUCCAGCAGUCAAAAGACACUUACCCUUAAUAUCAGAUAGCCUUUAUAUUUUAGUGAAGAAACAAGUUCACAGGUAGGGAAUAUAUGUUUCACUCAAAUUUCUAUGUUUGGAGGAAAAGCCUUUUUUUGUAAAAUAUUUAAAUUUAUAUAAGAAAAUGUUAGAAAAAGA